AUGGCCGAGCAUGAAUCCCAAAUGCCCUUUAUUCGCAAUCUCGCUUCAAGCGAUCGCAAACUUCGAAUGUCCUCGUUAGAAUCCCUCUCAACAUUCCUCGCCUCGCGCUCAAGCCUCUCCGACGUCGACGCCCAGAAGCUAUGGAAAGGCCUCUUCUACGCCCUAUGGAUGACCGACCGACCCAUCCCCCAGCAACGUCUCGCCACAGAUCUCGCCAACCUCCUCUUCACCCUCAAGCCCGCCUGCGCCAUCCCCUGGCUGCGCGCUUUCUGGGCCAUCGUCGGCGCCCAGUGGACUGGCAUCGACGUCUACCGUCUUGAAAAGUUCCUCCUCCUCGUCCGUCGCGUGUUCGCUUCCCACGUACGACUUGCUCGCGAGCGGGGCUGGAAGGACGGCGAUGUAGAGGCUAUUGUUGCUGUGCUGGAGGAGUAUCCUUUUGAGAAGGAGGGUGAUCUGCGAAAGAGCCCUGUGGGUAUCAGAUUGCAUGCGCUGGAUAUCUGGGUUGAUGAGUUGGAGCGUGAGCAGGCGCUGGAGCAGCCUGAGGCGGAGAAGUUUGUCAAGAGCGUGGGGGAUCUUGUUAUUGCGCUCAAGACAUGUCCUGUCAAGCCUGUGAGGGCGCGCUGUGUUGAGAGUUACGAGGAUGAGAGGUUGCCGUGGGUUAAGGCUGCCAGUGGUGAUGAGAUGGAGGAAGACGAGGAAUGGGGUGGUAUUGACGAUUAA